UCAUGGUUGGGAAGGGAAGAUCUGUUGACCCCCAGAGGAAAUUGAAAUGAGAGUUGUUUAAAACACGUAUCGUCUAUUUAUCCCUUUGUGUGUUCUUUCAGUUCAGAGGUGGUGUUUGUGAGACACGGAUUUUUCAGAUCGCUACUGUUAGUGAGCUUCAAAAAAAGAAAAAGAAACAAAAAGGUAGGGACUACUGGAAUUCUACGUGUUAAUGGGGGUCUGCCUGCAUGUUCCAAUAGUGAAGAGUGAGGGUUUUGAUUAGUUAGAUUCUUCCGUUGUCGGCAAGUGAGAAAUGGUGUCAAGGUCUUAUUCGAAUCUUUUGGAGCUUGCUUCUGGUGAGUCUCCAUCUUUUGGCCGAAUGAGCCGGCGGCUUCCCCGGAUCAUGACGGUCGCCGGGAUUAUCUCCGAUCUCGAUGAUGAUCCAUCGGAGAGCGUCUGCUCCGACCACCCAUCAUCGUCCUCCUCAACAGCCCACAAAGAACGGAUUAUCAUUGUAGCCAAUCAGCUGCCGAUAAGAGCACAGCGAAAAUCGGAUAGUGGUAGCAGUGGUAAUAGCAAGGGCUGGAUUUUCAGCUGGGAUGAGAAUUCACUCCUCCUCCAACUGAAAGAUGGAUUAGGAGAUGAUGAGAUCGAGGUGAUUUACGUUGGUUGUUUGAAAGAAGACAUCCAUCCCACUGAGCAAGAAGAAGUUUCACAAAUCCUGCUGGAGACUUUCAACUGUGUGCCAACUUUCUUGUCGCCGGAGCUGUUUAGCCGGUACUAUCAUGGGUUCUGUAAGCAGCAGUUAUGGCCUUUAUUUCAUUACAUGUUGCUGUCGCCGGAUCUCGGUGGCAGGUUUAAUCGAUCUUUGUGGCAAGCUUAUGUGUCAGUAAAUAAGAUUUUUGCUGAUAGAAUCAUGGAAGUGAUAAACCCAGAAGAUGAUUUCGUCUGGGUACAUGAUUAUCAUCUAAUGGUGUUACCAACUUUCUUGAGGAAGAGGUUUAAUAGGGUUAAACUAGGGUUUUUUUUGCACAGUCCUUUCCCUUCAUCAGAGAUUUAUAAAACAUUGCCUAUAAGGGAGGAGCUGCUGCGUGCCCUGUUGAACUCGGAUUUGAUCGGGUUCCACACCUUUGAUUAUGCACGCCAUUUCUUAUCUUGCUGUAGUCGAAUGCUUGGUCUUACUUAUGAAUCGAAAAGAGGGUAUAUAGGCCUCGAGUAUUAUGGUAGAACUGUUAGUAUCAAAAUUCUACCAGUUGGGAUUCACAUGGGUCAGCUUCAAUCGCUGUUGAGCCUACCGGAGACUGAAACAAAGGUUGCAGAACUUGUUAAGCAGUAUUGUGAUCAGGGCAGGAUAAUGUUACUUGGGGUAGAUGAUAUGGACAUAUUCAAGGGAAUAAGUUUGAAGUUGUUAGCAAUGGAACAGCUACUUAUGCAACAUCCGGAGUGGCAGGGGAAAGUAGUGCUGGUUCAGAUUGCGAAUCCGGCUAGGGGCCGUGGCAAAGAUGUCAAAGAAGUGCAGGCUGAGACGUAUUCAACUGUAAAGCGGAUCAAUGAAACAUUUGGGAGACCUGGCUAUAAUCCUGUAGUAUUAAUUGAUGCACCCCUUAAGUUUUAUGAGAGGAUUGCCUAUUAUGUUGUUGCAGAGUGUUGUUUGGUGACUGCUGUUAGAGAUGGAAUGAAUCUCAUACCUUAUGAAUACAUCAUCAGUCGCCAAGGGAAUGAGAAAUUGGAUAAGCUUUUGGGCUGGGAACCAUCUACUCCGAAGAAGAGCAUGCUCGUUGUCUCUGAGUUUAUUGGCUGCUCGCCAUCCCUUAGUGGAGCUAUUCGAGUGAAUCCAUGGAACAUUGAUGCCGUAGCAGAUGCAAUGGAUUUUGCCUUGGAGAUGGCAGAACCAGAGAAGCAACUUAGGCAUGAGAAACAUUAUAGGUACGUCAGCACGCAUCAUGUUGGCUACUGGGCAAGGAGUUUCCUUCAAGAUUUGGAAAGGACAUGUCGGGAACAUGGUCGAAGAAGGUGCUGGGGUAUUGGCUUUGGCUUGAGUUUUAGAGUUGUGACACUUGACCAAAACUUCAGGAAGCUCGCAAUGGAGCACAUAGUAUCGGCUUAUAAACGUACUAGAACUAGGGCAAUACUUCUCGACUAUGAUGGUACAUUGAUGCCACAGGGUUCCAUUGAUAAGACUCCAUCUGCUAAAGCCAUUGAUAUCUUAGAUAACUUAAGCGGAGAUAAGAACAAUAUGGUUUUCAUUGUCAGUGCCAAAACUCGAAAGACUCUUGCUGACUGGUUUGUUUCUUGCGAGAAUGUGGGAAUUGCUGCGGAACAUGGCUACUUCCUGAGACUGAGACGGGAUGCAGAAUGGGAAACAUGUGUGCCAGUGGCAGACUGUUCAUGGAAGCAGAUUGCUGACCCUGUGAUGAAACUUUACACUGAAACAACCGAUGGAUCAACCAUUGAGGAUAAGGAAACUGCACUUGUCUGGAAUUACGAGGAUGCUGAUCCUGAUUUUGGGUCAUGCCAAGGUAAGGAGCUCCUUGAUCAUCUUGAAAGCGUGCUUGCCAAUGAACCAGUUACAGUUAAGAGAGGGCAGAAUCUGGUGGAAGUUAAGCCUCAGGGCGUAAACAAGGGACUUGUUGCAAAACGACUUCUUUCCACAAUGGAAGAGGCGGGCAUGUCACCAGAUUUUGUUUUGUGCAUAGGAGAUGAUCGGUCUGAUGAGGAUAUGUUUGAGGUGAUCAGCAGUUCCGUCCCUUCCCUUGAUCCGAGGGCCGAAGUGUUUGCAUGUACUGUUGGUAAGAAACCCAGCAAAGCUAAGUAUUUCCUGGAUGAUACAGCAGAAAUUGUUAGGUUAUUGCAGGGGUUGGCUUCAGUUUCGGAACAAUUGUUUGGUAUUUAAAAUUAAAAAGGAAAGGGAAGGAAAGAUUUGCUUUUGUGCUUUUAAGAAUUUACCUUGAGUGGCUUGGCUUUCGAUGCCUUUCUCUCCGUUUUUGCGAUGUAAAUUAACUAAGAGAAACUCUGAAACUGGAUCAAUGUCCAAUAAAGUUGUAAAUAUGUGAUUGUGUCUGGUUUACAGCAGUUGAAGAUGGAUUUUUUGUGAUC